CAGCAGACCCCACCCCGUGGAGCAGAAGCCACAGUCACUUCCUGAAUGCAGCAGUCCUGACCUGGGUCCCACUCGCCUUGUGGUCCGUCACCCUCCUGCAGCCAUGGUGAGUGAGUCUCCAGGGCCUGGGAGAGCCCCACACUGGCUGGAGGUGAGGGAUGCCACGGGUGGAAACCAGAGGGGCAUAUUCCAAAAGCAGGGUGGCAGAGGGGCAGGAAAGCUGUUGGGGACAUGAGAAUGACCGCCACAAAUGGCCAGAGGUUAAGAAGCAGCUGGGAUCCACUUCUGGGACAACUCAGGCUCUGAGGGGCGGCGAUGAGCUGAGGCUGUGACUAGAAGGGGAACGGGUGGGCCUGCUGGGGUGACUCCCCUCCCCCCAGGUCAGCAUGAACAGCCACCGGGUAACAGGCAGCCAGGGUGAGUGGCAGGGGCUUCCUGUGGGUGACAAAGUAGGUCAUGUAGCUGCUGCCCACCCCAGCAGUCCUCCAGGGCCUGACCUGCUGACCUGCCUUCUCCAGCCCUCUGGGUCACCUGGGAGCCUAUCCCAGCCCAGCUUUCACAGAGGUUUCUCAGGCCCCAGGCAGGAACUGCCACCCUUCCUUGUUCUCUGGGUCAGGGGAGAGUGAAGCUCAGACAGGGCAGAUGAGUGAGGUCCUGCCCUUCCCCUCCCCAGUCUCCUAGACCCCAGGUGAAGCCAGGCCCAGGGGCCUGUGGCAGGGCCACUUCUGGGGUCAUUUGUCGGUCAGAGCAGCCCUGGCCUACUUGUGCGUCUCCUGUGUCUGUGACUGAGGGUGUGGGUCCUGUUGAGACAGGAUUGAGAUGGACUUCAUGCGCCAGGGCUGGUGCGCCACAUCGGACUGGAUGUGGCAGAGUAUAUGCUGCUCGUCUCGGUGUCCGGUGUAUAUAUAUAGAUAGAUAGAUACAUAUUUUGCCGUGCCGCACGGCAUCAUGUGGGAUCUUAGUUCCCCAACCAGGGAUCGACGCACCUCCUGCGUUGGAAGCAUGGAGUCUCAACCACUGAGGCACCAGGGAAGUCCCUAGUAGAUUCUUUAUUUCAACAAAUAGUUACUGAGCAUCUUACUGAGUAUGAGGCAUUGGGAAGACUGCCCUCGUGUCACAUUCAGGGGCAGGGGGGAGGCAGUUCACACACACACACACACACACACACACACCCCUAAAUAGUCAAGACACAUUUAAAAAACAGUAUUGGGUGGCAGUGUAGCAGUUACGACUCCUUGCUUCCAAUGCAAGGGGCACUGGUUCAAUUCCUAGUUGGGGAACUAGCAUACCAUGUGCUACGUGGCAUGCCAAUAAAUAGUAAAAAAAAAAAAACAAUAAGUAUUAGGUAAAAAUAAAUAGGAUGGUAUAGAGUGCUAGGCACUAAGAGAAAAAUUAGGCAGGUUGGGGGGAUCAGAGAGUCCUAGGGGAAUCCUUUUUUUUUAAAUCAGGGUGUUCUGGGAAAAAAGGCCUCUAUCAUAUGGAACAAAGGAGUAGAAACCCCGAAGAGGAGAGACCGUGCAAUGCGAAGUAUGGCCCAGGCAGGCCAGGCUGCAGGAGCCGAGCAGGAGAGGGAGGCCAGGGAGGCAGCACCAGGGGGAGGUCAGGCGUGUCGUCCAGGGGGUUCGUGAGCUCUAGAGCUCUUACUGUGGGCAAGUGACAGAGCACACCCAGAUUCGAAGCAGAGGAGUACAGACAGACUCAGGCCUCCUCUGGCUGCUGCGGGCGCGCUGACUGGGAAAGGGGGUGUGGGGCAUCAGGGGCAGGAGAAACGAGGAGGAGCCUCUUACAGUAAUCCUGUUGCAGGGGAGGCCGCCUCCCCUGGGUGGAUUCCAGGACAGGGGUGCAGGUGGUCCAAAGUUGUUCAGUUCCAGAUAUACUAAUAUACAUUUCUUGCUUUUGGCUGCACCGGGUCUUAGUGGUGGCACGCGGAGUCUUCCGUUGAGGCAGGUCAACUCUUCGUUGUGGCAUGUGGGAUCUACUUCCCCAAACAGGAGCUAGGAGACUUAGCCACCUGACUGCCAGGAAAUCCCUCCAGAUACAUUUUGAAAUGAGAAAAGUAAGGCCUAGGGACAUGCAGGAGGGGAGGAGGAGCUUGAGGAUGCUCCACGGAGUUGGGUUGGGGGCGGGAAUGGGAGCAGAAGGCCACAUGGCACCCCAGGAGCUCGGGUCCAGAGUGGGGUGAGGUUGGGUGCACAUUCCAGGCUUAAGUGACGAGGUCAGACGGUGUGUGGUAGUUUAGGAAGAGAGCCUGGCACUCUCACGGGGAGGCUGGAGACAAAAACAUGGGAGUCUGGUCAAGAGAAGAGAGUCAAAGGAAGAAGGCCGGGAAGAGGACGACAAGGGUGUGUGUCUGUGAUUCGUCCGCUUAUCCCCACAUCCGUCUCUCCAUGGCCCCCAUGUGUAUGAGUCCCUUGCCUGCCUGUGUCCCCCAGGGGAGUCAUCAGGACUUCCGGAGCCUUCAAGCAAAGUUCCAGGCCUCUCAGCCGGAGACUGGCGACCUCCCCAAAAAGCCCCCGAAGCCUGAGUUCCACAAACUCCUCAAAAAGUUCCCACAGCCAGAGCUAGGCGAGCACCCCAAGAAGCCCCCACAGCCUGAGUUCACUGACCUGCCCAAAAAGCCCCCCAAACUUGAGUUCAGUGAACUCUCCAAGAAGUUCCUGCAGCCCGAGGCCACGCCACUUCCCAGGAAGCCUGAGGUCCCUGAGGCCCCCUCUCAGAAGACCCCGCAGCAGCCUGAGCUCAGCAACACCCCCAGGUCCCCCGUGGAGCCCAAGUUCAGUACUCCUCCCAAGAAGCCCCCGCAGCCUGAGUUCUGUGGGCUCCCCAGAAAGCCCCCGCAGCCUCAGGCUGGUGGCCUCCCUAAGAAGCCCCUGCCCCAGCCCGAGUCCAGUGAGGUCCCUCCAGUGCCCCUCUUAAAGCCCGAAUUUGGUGAGCCCCACCCCCACUCCUCAGAGCCUAACUUCAGUACUCUUCCCAAGAAGCCCCCGCAGCCUGAGUUCUGUGAGCUCCCCAGAAAGCCCCCGCAGCCUCAGGUUGGUGGCCUCCCUAAGAAGCCUCUGCCGCAGCCCGAGUCCAGUGACAUCCCUCCAGUGCCCCUUUCAAAGCUGGAAUCUGGUGAGCCCCGCCCCCACUCCUCACAGCCCGACUUCAGUACAUUUCCCAGAAAGAUCGCCCGGCCUCAGCUGAAUGACCUCCCCAAGAAGCCCCUGCCACCUGAGUUUGGUGACCUCACCAGGACGUCCUCGGAGCCAGAGGUCAGUGUGGUUCCCAAGAAGUCACGCCAGUGUGAGUUCAAGGCGCUCUCCAAGGAGCCCCCACAGCCCGAGCCCGCCAGCCUCUCAAGGACGUCCUCGGAGCCAGAGUUCAAGGUGCUCCCCUCAAAGUUUCUGCAGCCCGAGUGUCGGGGGUCCCCCCGCAAGUUCUCACAGCCAGAGCCCGGUUCUCUGCCCAGGAACCUUCCAAGAAAGCCCCUGCUCCCUGGCUCCUUCUCAGAGAGUUCGCUGCCCUCUGCUGUGGUAGGCUCCAGCCCCCGGGUCCCGCUCAGCCCAGGGUUUGGGGCACGGCAGCAGAGAUCAGGAGCCCUCGCUCAGAGUGCUGGUUCCAGGCUGGGUCUCAGACCUGGUCACCUGCCCCGGCGGAGGCCUCUACCCCCGGCCAGCAGCCUGGGCCCUCCCCCAGCCAAGCCCCCACUGCCCCCAGGCCCAAGGGAUAUCCAGAGCUUCCGGAGAGCUGCGGUAGCAGACACAGCUCUGCCCAGGACCUCCUCUUCUGCUGGCCUCCACUUCAUCCCACAGGACCCAGAAGAGGUGUACGAUGAUGUCGAGCCCACAUACCACUCUGGACCCGGCCCCAGGAGCAGAGAUGAAGUGUUGUUGGCUCAGCAGUACCCGUGGAGACCACCUCAAGACCCAGAGCUCAGGAGGGAGAAGGUGCCCCUCCAGCCACUGCAGGUGCCGCCCACGGACCUGAAGUCCCUGAAGCAGCUCCGGAAGGCAGAGAAAGCUGAGCGGGAGUUUCGGAAGAAGUUCAAGUUUGAGGGGGAGAUUGUGGUUCAGACGAGGAUGAUGAUUGACCCCAAUGCCAAGACCCGCCGUGGGGGCGGCAAGCACCUGGGGAUCCGGCGUGGGGAGAUCCUGGAGGUGAUUGAGUUCACCAGCAAGGAGGAGAUGCUGUGUCGGGACACCAAGGGCAAAUAUGGCUACGUGCCAAGAACAGCUCUACUGCCCCUGGAAACGGAGGUGUAUGACGACGUCGCUGCCUGGGAUCCUUUGGACAGCCAACCACUGCCCUAGGGACAGUAAGGCCCGCAGGUGUGGGGAUGAAUGGACAGCCCAUCAGUCCAAUCACCUGCUAAUAAGGAGCCCUGGACCCCAGCGGUUGCCUCUGUCUGGCCACGCCCACAGACCACAUAA